CUAUUUGUUGGGUUGUUUUGGCAUAGCUUCUCCACGUCUUAUCCACGUCUUCACUGUUAUCCUCUGAAGGAUUGUAAAACAUUCUAUUUGGAUUCAGCCUUAACUCCGCAAGACACACACACAUAGGCUGCAAGGUGUGACCAGUGAUUGAAAAUGUGGACCAGUCAAAUGAUUAUUCUAUUCGUAUUAGCAGGGUCAUCCUUGUCAUCUUUUUUGAAUGAUUCCCCAUCACGAAACAAGCGUAACUCCCUACAGCUGUGUGACAUCAUACAGAGAAACACCAGACGUAACUGCUUGUCCUAUAGUUUCUAUGGCUGCUUCUGUGGUCUUAGAAGCUGGGGGAGUAACCCACUAGACUCUUCAGACAGUUGUUGUCGCCAACAUGACAAUUGUUUCUCCAGUAUUGGCAGAUCUGGACUACCAUUUCUUACCUACAGUUAUCAUUGUUCUGGUAAUUCCUGCCAAUGCACUGAUUCUAACAGGAAUUCGGCUCAAUAUAGGUCAUGCCAGUGUGACGUCCAGUUUGGGCAGUGUCUGAGGAACGCCAACUAUAACAUACUUUACAAUCUGUACCCCCAAAGUCGCUGUCGCUAACAAGUCACAUACGCAAACAUGUUACACAAACAUACAGAAAAGUCCGCACAUAAACACACAUUAUAUUCUAAUAUAAGACAUUAUAUACAUACUCCUACACUCGCAUAAUUUUAUAGCUCUACUGAGCUGUUUCAUUGCAUGAUACACAAGUGACUGCUAAUAAGCUUACAAUAUUCAGUUCACAAUCACAAUAUUCAAAUGUUAUUUCUAGGGCACUUAAAAGAAUUUAACUAACCACAAUAAAUAUAUAUAGGCUAGUGAUGAAGAAUCGCUAUUUUUUUUUCUUAAUAUUUCGUAAUUCUCUUCUAUCUUGAAGUAUCGUCUGUAAUUUAUAAGAUAAAAUAUGAAAGAGACA